CCACCAUUCUCAUCAUUUCUCCCAGAAGAUACCCCUCACCGUAUUCACUUCACACUACACCAAAAACCAAUAUGUGUCGGCAAUACCAGUAUCUAUUUGCUGAAUGCGGCCAUGUCGAAACCUCAGACCACUGGAACUUUCGUUGCUCCCACCCAGGAACCUGUCGAACAGAAACAGUGGUCACCGGAUGCCCACAGCAUUGCUUCCAAUCCUUCAAAGAGAUCAGAUGCCCGAAAGGCAAGGAGAUGUCUACCCUCGCUGCCCAAACCCUGCCAAAGCUGCAACAAGAUUUGAGCAAAUCCUCAGCCAUCAUGAACAACAUCCUGACGGACCACAAAGCUUUGACAAAGCGGAUAUUCGAUAUCUGAGCAGCGUGAAUGGGCGACUCGGCGAUGAUGAUCGACGCUAUCUUAAACAACUUGAUGAGAUUUUGGAUGCUGCGCUCUGGAAAGAGAAAGAGCAGGUCCAAGACCAUCGGACCAUGAAAGACAAACGAAACCUUGUUCUUCAGCUGCGAUACGCGCAUCUCACUGCUCUAGCGCAUAAGCGGGAAGUCCUCAGGCGCAGUGUUGAGAAAGCUACGGAAGCCGAUAUUCAAUUUCGCCUUCAAUGUUCUGGCAGAAUCAAGGCACUCCUAAAGGACGUCAAAGACGAGGAAUUAGCCGAGGACGAUUCAGAAUGCCCCAUCUGCUACCAAUUACUACAAAAUAAUGCUUUGCCUGGAGACGCCCCAGUUGGACUUCCUUGCGGCCAUGUAUUCUGUCGAGAAUGUGCGAUGGCCUGGCUUUACAAGGAUCCUGGAACCUGCCCAACUUGCAGAGCGGAUUUUAACCUUGGCCGCGAUGCAACCAUCGAUUUUGUAGCAAUCAUGACUCCAGUCGUAAAUGCUACUACAAUUGAUUUAUUAGACCCGCCAACUCCGUGGUGGAUUACGAUAUUAGGCUAA